AAGCUUGGACGAAGUAUUUUGGACGAAGUACUAAAUAUUAGGAAAAAAAUCUUCGCAUCAGAACUGGAUAAUUUUCUGAAGAUGGUAUCUUUUCUCUCAGUAUAAAAGUGCCAAACGAUCAAUCCGGAGGUCGCUGGUUUUAACACUAGUCGGGACAGGACCGCAAAUCUCGAGAAAAAACAAAUCUCGAGAAAACAGUAGAUCUUUCUUGGAAACAGACGUGGUCUCGCGUGUGGAAAUAAAUAAUAUGUUGCUUUCUUCAAAUUUUGGCAAAUUACAUCUGUGUCAAAUUAUAAAACAACUACUUAGCGGGCAAAUGUGCCAUAAAAUAUUAAAAUUCCCUCUAUAUCUGAUAUGUUUAUUGUAAAAGCUGGGAAGUAGAAUAUUGCCCUCACUACUGAAAAACUGUAUCAUGUAAUCAUCAGCAUUUUCAAUCGAUCUAUGGCACUUGUUCCAAGUGCGUCUGGUAUAUAGAAUAUCUGGUAUAAGUGAACAGGAAGUUUGGAUGAAAUACAGAAAACGUGAAAAACGCUUCCUAUAAUACGCGUGUGACUAUAUAAAACUCACAAUCGGUUGAAAUAUUAACACAGUGUGAAAAGGGCACUUUAAACAUUGUUUACCUAGUGAAUGUUUAUUAACUCUUAAGUGAAAGUUGCUAAUUGGCAAUUUAUUAGCGAAAACAGGAAAUGCAGAACUAGUGAAACCAGUGUUUUGUUGUUCUUCAUAUUUUGGACUUUAAACCAACACAUGUAUACGUAUACUGUAAACUGAAUAAAAGUUAAUUUAUGAUGGAUGUUGGCUCAGAUCAUUUUAAGUAAAUUUUUUUAGAUGAUAUUCAUUUUGCAUAGAUAAAAAAUGAAGUUGUUAUUUCUAACGUUGAUGUUUGAACUAUUCCAAAUGGUGAAAGGUGUUCCAAGAGGCAAUAACUUAGGUUCAACUGAAACACUCGCUGAUGUGCACACCAAGCUGUUGCAGACAAUUCUGAAGGGAUACGACAAAAGAAUCGUUCCACAGAUAAACGACAGCAUUCCAGUCAGUCUUUCCAUUGGAAUCAGGCUGAUUGAUCUGGUUGACCUCUUCGAGCAUGAAGAAAUCAUGGAAACCAGAGUUUAUAUUCAACAACUUUGGACGGAUUUCCGGUUGAGUUGGGACCCAUCCAGGUUUAAGCGUAUACAUGUUAUCAAUAUCCCAGUUGAAGAACUGUGGCAACCGGAUGUCUCGCUGUUCAAUAAUGCCGAGAUACAAUUAGAAACCAUGAACACGCUGGCAAUAGUGUUCAGUAACGGUCACGUGUUUUACUCACCGAAAGCACGUAUCAGAACACGUUGUCAAAUGGAUAUGACAUCGUUUCCAUACGACCAACAGUUUUGCUCAAUCAAAUUUGGAUCAUAUACUUACGAUGGAAACAAAAUCAACCUCACUAUGUAUCACGAAAACAGUACAUUCGAUCUGUCAGAAUACUCAGUGAACAAGGAAUGGCAUUUAACAGCUUCACCGGCCACAAUUUUCACCAAAAGAUACGAUUGCUGCCCGGAACCAUAUCAGCAUAUUCAGUUUAACCUAAAUUUACAGCGUAAAGCAGUCUACUAUACGCACGUGUUUAUUUUACCGGCAGUAGUAGUAGCAAUUCUAGUACCAUUCCAGUUCCUUUUGCCGCCAGACUGCAGGGAGCGGCUCACGAUUGGGUCUACAUUGAUGUUAGGAAUUGUAGUCCUUAUUGCUAUGAUUCAGAACUUUCUGCCGGAAGCUCAUCCUAAUCUACCUUAUUUAGUGCAAUAUUACUGCCUGACGAUGAUAUGGUUUGCUAUAUCUAUGGUACUGUCCAUCUGGGCUAUAAAUACACAAAAUAGGGGUCCAAGAAAACGAAAGGUCCCUGGAAUAAUCAGACAGCUGUUUUUGAAGACGCUGAAGAAGAUAGUGUGUGUGAAUGAAGACAGCUACCAUCCCUUAGAUGACACAGAAACAAUUUCCUUUAAAAGCAUUGACAAACAGACAGUUACAAAUUCUGCUGAUGGUAAACACGACGGGAAUAAACUGGAAAGAGACGUUGAUGAGAUAUUGAAGCAAGUGAACGUGCUUGUUGUACGGAGUGUGAUAGCAGAAUCUCGGAGAAAUGUGAGGACUGAGUGGUACCAAGUAGUUCUCGUGUUCGACAGAAUUAUGUGUCUUCUGUUUCUGUUGGUGUUUGUUGUGUAUAGCUGUGUUCUACUGGGUUAGAGCAUACUAUGGGACAUGGAAAUUAAGAAUGUGUGUUUGUGUUCUAGUGAAUGCAAAGGACAGAAAUUACCCCUGUUCAACAUGUAUCUCGAUAUUUGGAUGCCGCUUUCAAUAUGUUCCAGAAGUGCUCCAGAGAGAAGCAGAAUUUGGCGCUCUAUGUAAAAUAAUUAAGUGGUCUUUUAUUAAACAUAGAUUGGAUACAAGUCUCAGAUCUUAAAUGUUGAAAGUGGGAUUCAAACCUAGUGUUGACAGAAUUUCUUAAUAGUUGAGCAAAUUCAGAUAACAGUAUUGGUGUUCAAAGGAGUUAUAUUCUCUCAUUGUUUCAAUUUCGUAUAAAUAAAAUAUGACAAUGUUGAAUGA